AGCCGCUCAGGAUCGAUACAUCCGGGUCCUUCAUUUACGUGAUCGUAUCGUUACGGCUGAGGGGACAGCAGCCAGGGUCCCAGGUCUUCGAAGAAUAUCCGAACAAACCAUACGGAAUAGUGACGGCGGUCUGAGAGCCAGGAGACCUUACUUUGGCAACGUAUUACGACGUCAUCAUCUCGCCCGACAUCUCCGGUGGUGCAACAACGUGUUGGGCUUGAACCUACGAAACUGGAGGCGUAUUUGGUUUAGCGACGAAUCCAGGUUUCUGCUGCAAAGACGGGAUGCAAAAAACAGAGUGUAUGGACGUGUUCAUGAACGUUACACCCCAAACUGUGUACGUAAAGUGGAUAGAUUCGGUGGGGAAUGUGUAAUGAUGUGGGCAGGGAUAUCCUAUGCCAAUCGGACGGAUCUUAUCCACGUGCAGGGGAACUUGACGGCCGUUCGGUACAGAGACAAUAUUCUGCAACCCCAUCUCCUUCCAGUCAUUGACGUCCAACAUGAAAUCUUUCAGCAGGACAACGCUAGGCCGCAUUGUGCACGUGCCACAAUGGAUUUUCUGGCCAACAACAACGUUAAUCUGCUGCCUUGGCCUUCUCGUUCACCUGAUCUUAACCCCAUAGAACAUCUUUGGGGUGAACUGGAUCGACGUCUCCGUCAGCGUCAACCUCAACCUCAAACCCUCCGGGAGCUAGCUGCAUUUCUGCAGGGGUGGAGAAGGAUCCCCCAGGGGACUAUACAGCGCCUGAUCCAGUCCAUGACAAGGCGUGUCAGAACUGUUAUUCUAGUACGUGGCGGACACAACCGAUACUGACAUUUCAGUGGACCCUGACUGUCAUAUACGUACUGCUGUCUAUGAUUUUAUGCUCUGAUGUGUCUGCAUUAUGGGUGUGAAAUUUCAUGUUCCGAUGUAUCUGUGUUCAACAAUUACACGCAUAUGAAUAAUACCAUAUCACAAUCGAUUUCUGGCCUGUUUGGAAUAGUAUACAUGCAAUAUCGAUGCAAAGAUAAAUUAUAAUUGACGAAAUUGUCUCAGUAAACUAGGAUCCCAAUUGCGUAGAUCGAUGGUCAUGAUGUUGAUCACUGCAUGCAUGUCUGGCCCCGACUGCUAUAUAGCUAGAAUAUUGCCGAGUGCGGGGUUAAACAAAAAUAAACAAACAACACAUAACCCGUCAAACCAGUCAGUAAGGGAGACAACUGCAGGUUGGCACGUUGACAAAAUAUCCUACAUUCGGUUUCGAUUUCGCGGACUCACAUGAGUAGAUUUCUCGGAAAUAUGACUGAAGCCUCUUCUUGGAACGCGGUAUGACACUACUUGGGAUCUACUUGGGAUUUGAGCUUUGUGCCAACCAUACAAAUCUAUACAUUCAUCGUGGCAGGCUGAGUUGAGGCUUUGUAGUGCACAGGAGCUGCCCACUAGACAUGGUCGUCCUUCACUGAACGUUCCAGAAGAUUAUGUUUCAGGAAGUGUGAUCAGUCUGACGUGACAUAUACUGUACAAGGCGAUUAUCAAACGGUCAGUACGACAACAGGCAGUCUUCCACCGGGUGUGUUUACAAGUGUGAUAUUCAUUUUGUUACAUUGGAUAGUGGGACGACAGAUAUCGUAGUGAGUACUAAGAUAUUAUUCUCUACCAUAUGAAUUGGUUGUUGGUUGUUGUUGAACGCCGUACUCAGCAUUAUUCCAACUAUAUAACGGCGGUCUGUAAAUAAUCGAGUCUAGACCAGACAAUCCAGUGAUCACUACCACAUCAGCUAUGGCGAGGCACAACGAGAAGCAGCUACGACAAGGUCGGGGACAAGGACAAGAACAAGGACAAAGGCGAGGACAAGGGCGGGGACAAGGUCGAGGACUGGGCCAUGACGAUCUGAGGUACAUGCUUCAAAUCCACGAUGUUGGUGUGAGUGACGUCGGACAUGCACUGGACACUGACCGAAGAGUGGAGGUGGUGCACAGGGACAUACAAGAUGAGGUUAUCAUUCCCAAUAGGAGUCCAACGAGGGAGGCAAGUGGACAUCCACUGGACAAGCGUACAGUAGAGGACAUAGGUAGGACCAGCAGAAAGGACAUUGGCAAAGGAAAUGAUGCAGAUUUCAGAUUCAAUGAGACUAGCAAAAGAUAUGGUUCACAGGAAAACCAUCGGAUGCAUUUAGUAAGGAUGCGCAGAUCUAGAAAAAGGCUCCAUCCCGAUAAUAAGUCAUCUGGACCGAGCUUCUUCCGAAAUGAUAGGAGCAGGUCACCGGAUAGAGUCAGAAGAAAGAAACACAAAUUGAAUGUUGACAAAGGAGAAGAUAAUUCAACUAAUCAAGGUUAUCAUAAUCAAAGGGAGCCAGCUAGAAGGAACCUACCACCAGCUGAGAUUGGAGCAAAUAUGCGAAAAUACAUCAAAGUUAACGAAAACGUCCAAGACAGGAUGCAGUCUGGAACUCAGAGAUACACAAAUUGUGUAACCACAACCUCUGUUGAGCCAUUGGACUCAGAAGAGAGAUUAAAGUCAUCAAGUACAGCAGAAAAAGAAGACCUGGCCAGUUUGAUUCUUCGAACAGUAUGUGUAGAUUACCCUGGCAUAACUGAUUUAGCAAAUUUGAGAAAAACUCUUCACCAGAAAAAGAUUAUCAAUUUUUCCAACACGCAAACUUUAUAUGAAUUCUUAAAACCUUAUGACAACGUUUUUGAAAUAGUAGGAGACAUUGACAGAGAUGAGAGAAUGAUUGAAGAUGGUGAAGUGGAGGAAACAGCAGCUGAGGAUAAGUUUCUUGUGACUGGUCAUCCAAAUCUACUCCUGUGUCAGCAACAUUCAAAGAAAGCAGGAUCAUGCAUGCAAGAUUGCAGGAGCCUUCACAUCUGCAAAUAUUUCCUUCUGAGCAAAUGUACCAUGCAAGAACAGAGAAAGACAUGUAUCUUUGGCCAUGACAUGAACACUGAACACAACAAAGAGGUUAUGAGGAAAUCGCUGUUGCACAAAUUCAAAGAUCUAAUUGAAAUUGAUGUCCUGCGUUCACUGAGAUAUAGAAAUUCCACAACUGUUCCAGCGAUAUGCAAUUACUACAACAAGCCAAAGGGCUGCAACAACGCUGAAUGCGGAUUCAUGCAUGUAUGUUCAAAAUUUCUCCAUGGAACUUGCAGUGCUUCAUAUAUGUGCAAUUUUUCUCAUGAUAUUAUGGCCAUCCAACCGUUACAUUGUCUUCAACGUUACGGAAUAAGUCCAUCGAAACAUGAUGAGAAAGAAGUUGUUGUCAAAACCCUUAAAUCCAUAGCAACCAAAAAGAAUCACCCAGUCGAUCAGGGAAGACAAGUUCAAUCCUCAACUGAAACACAGAGGGGCAUGUUCGCUGGUGGAUACAACAAAACCAUAGCCAAACCAAAUAAACGGUAUCAAGUCGCCAGGUAUUUUUCUGCAAUUGGAUUUAGUACAAGUGGGGAAAUGAAAGUAUCAGAGAAGCUGACUAAAGCAAGAAACCAAAAUGAACAGCUUCAGCUCGAAGUGAAAGAAAGACAGGAGGAGAAGGAAAAAGAAAUUAAUCUGAGGAAUUCGUCGACAGGGGUUUGGACAUGGUCAUGGAUGAGCCCAAAGGGAGCAUGGAGCGAUGUCACUGACAGUCAAAUAUUUGAGGCUAGAUACAGAGAAUAUAUGCAAGUUAGGAAGAGGAGCUUUGUUAUCAAUGGUAAAAAGUGUGAGGUGGACUUUGCCACAAAGACAGGCGUGAUUGAUGGGGAAGUUGCACUCAGAUUCAAGAGAGACAGGAAGCCAGAGUGUGACACAAAGUGCCCUACGCCAGACAUAACGGACAACAGCCAUGACACCGAUGUUGCUGGUUCUGAUGCUGAUGUUGCCACAAAGACAGGAGUGAUUGAUGGAGAAGAUGCACUCAGUUUCAAGAGAGACAGGAAGCCAGACUGUGACACAAAGUGCCCUACGUCAGACAUAAUGGACGAUAGCCAUGUCACCGAUGUUGCCGGCUCUGAUGCGGGAGCUGAUGUGGAUGUUGCCACAAAGACAGGAGUGAUUGAUGGAGAAGAUGCACUCAGCUUAAAGAGAGUCGUGAAGCCAGACUGUGACACAAAAUGCCCUACGUCAGACAUAAUGGACGACAGCCAUGUCACCGAUGUUGCCGGCUCUGAUGCGGGAGCUGAUGUGGUUGUUGCCACAAAGACAGGAGUAAUUGAUGGAAAAGAUGCACUCAGAUUCAAAAGAGACAGGAAGCCAGAGUGUGACACAAAGUGCCCUACGCCAGACAUAAUGGACGAUAGCCAUGUCACCGAUGUUGCCGGCUCUGAUGCAGGUGCUGCUGUGGAUGUUGCCACAAAGACAGGAGUGAUCGAUGGAGAAGAUGCACUCAGAUUCAAGGGAGACAGGAAGCCAGACUGUGACACAAAGUGCCCUACGCCAGACAUAAUGGACGAUAGCCAUGUCACCGAUGUUGCCGUCUCUGAUGCAGGUGCUGAUGUGGUUGUUGCCACAAAGACAGGAGUGAUUGAUGGAAAAGAUGCACUCAGCUUCAAGGGAGACAUGAAGCCAGACUGUGACACAAAGUGCCCUACGUUAGACAUAACGGACGACAGCCAUGUCACCGAUGUUGCCGUCUCUAAUGCGGGAGCUGAUGUGGAUGUUGCCAGAAAGACAGGAGUGAUUGAUGGAGAAGAUGCACUCAGCUUCAAGAGAGUCGUGAAGCCAGACUGUGACACAAAGUGCCCUACGUCAGACAUAACGGACGACAUCCAUGUCACCGAUGUUGCCGGCUCUGAUGCGGGAGCUGAUGUGGAUGUUGCCACAAAGACAGGAGUGAUUGAUGGAGAAGAUGCACUCAGCUUAAAGAGAGACAGGAAGCCAGAGUGUGACACAAACUGCCCUAAGUCAGACAUAAUGGACAACAGCCAUGUCACCGAUGUUUUCGGCUCUGAUGCGGGAGCUGAUGUGGAUGUUGUCACAAAGACAGGAGUGAUUGAUGGGGAAGAUGCACUCAGCUUCAAGAGAGACAGGAAGCCAGAGUGUGGCACAAAGGCCCUACGUCAGACAUAACGGACGACAGCCAUGUCACCGAUGUUGCCGGCUCUGAUGCGGGAGCUGAUGUGGAUGUUGCCACAAAGACAGGAGUGAUUGAUGGAGAAGAUCCACUCAGCUUCAAGAGAGACAGGAAGCCAGAGUGUGACACAAAGUGCCCUACGUCAGACAUAACGGACGACAGCCAUGUCACCGAUGUUGCCGGCUCUGAUGCGGGAGCUGAUGUGGAUGUUGCCACAAAGACAGGAGUGAUUGAUGGGGAAGAUGCACUCAGCUU